CCUGCAGCCCGCAGGAAGGCCGGCAGUCCCUCCGGCUGUUCGACCGAGGGGCGCCCGCCGAGCCCGGGGCUUGGGCGCUUGCUCCCCGGCGGAGGGAUCCGUGGCGGCCGAGGAGGCGGUGCUGAGCCUGGGAGGAAGAGGCAGCUACGGCGGCGGCUGGGGCGGCGGCGCCGGCGGCUGGGGCGGCAGCGCAUAAAGGGGCCGCCGCCGGGUGAUGCGGUGACCGCUGCGGCAGGCCCAGGCGCUGAGUGGGCCCCGGCCCUCAGCCUGUCCCGUCGGACCCGCGUCCCCCACCUCCCCGUCCUCUUCUGCCGACCCGCGAUCCCGAGGCGGCCUCAGGCCCCCUCGUCCCUUCCCCGUCCCUCCCCCGCCCCCGCCCCUGCCCGGGGGGCCGCCGCCGCCCGCCUCCCACCAUGGCUCUGAAGAGAAUCCACAAGGAAUUGAAUGACCUGGCCCGGGACCCCCCAGCACAGUGUUCAGCAGGUCCUGUUGGAGAUGAUAUGUUCCAUUGGCAGGCUACGAUAAUGGGGCCAAAUGACAGUCCCUAUCAGGGUGGAGUAUUUUUCUUGACAAUUCAUUUCCCUACAGAUUACCCCUUCAAACCACCUAAGGUUGCAUUUACAACAAGAAUUUAUCACCCAAAUAUUAACAGCAAUGGCAGCAUUUGUCUUGAUAUUCUACGGUCACAGUGGUCUCCAGCACUAACUAUUUCAAAAGUCCUCUUGUCCAUCUGUUCUCUGUUGUGUGAUCCCAAUCCAGAUGAUCCUUUAGUGCCUGAGAUUGCUCGGAUCUACAAAACAGAUAGAGAAAAGUACAACAGAAUAGCUCGGGAAUGGACUCAGAAGUAUGCGAUGUAAUUAACGAAAUUAUUGGAUAACCUCUACAAAUAAAGAUAGGGGAACUCUGAAAGAGAAAGUC